AUGUGGAUCAACACUGAGCUGGACCCCGAUGCCGUGCGCAGGAUCGCCCUGCGCCUUGGUACUGCGCUUCGGGUUGGAGUGCUCGACGAGCAAUGGGGUUCGCAGGGAUCGGAGCUCGUGCGUGUGCGCCGUGCCGGCACCCAGGAGGGCGUCGAGGGGCUCAUCAUCGAGUUCGACCACUUCGGGGCCUCGGAUGCAUACUUCGAGUGGUACACGAGGGCGUUGGGCGAGCAGUGGGGCGCCGAGGACUGCGACGAGGUGCUGCCCGACACCGAGCCAGGUGGCGGCGCCCCCCCAGGCGAGAGCCCAGCGGAGGGUUCUGCUGCAGGGGGGGCGGAGCCGCCUCGCAGUGGCAUGGCAGCCUCGGCGCCCAGCGGCGCCUGGCGGCCCGCGCGGCGGCGGCCCGCCGCGGCUGCACUGCCGGAGCUGCAGGCGGGGGACCUGGGCGACGGCGAGGACGAGGGCGACGACGACUUUGCCGAGGACCUGUUCGAGCUUGACAACUGCGAGACGGCGGAGCUGCUGCAGGUUCGCGUCGGUGCAAGGCACCCCCGGCAGGAUGAGGAGGCUGGCCCAGAGGUGACCGCGAAGGGAGCUCAGGCGACGCUGGCCGUUCGAGCCAUCGAGAAGGUAGGGCCAGGGAGACAGCCCAAGGAGAGGCGGAGCUCAGUCGAGAUGGCAGCAGGUUCGCAUGGUCUCGCAGUCCCAGCAGGCAGCGCGCCGGAGAUCAUCCGUGACCGCGGCGCGCACUUCAGCCGGGACCCGAUGGGCGCGCUGGGAGAUUUGGACUGGGCGGCCAAGCUUGUCGAGGCAGAGGGGCUUGGCUACAACGGCCGGGAGGUCGCGAGCGGCGAGGAGUGCAUCGCGAUCUGCCAGAACCUGGUCACCACGGGGAUCUUCGAGCCGAUCGACGAUGACGCGAUCCUCAGCUUGAGCGGGGGGCAAGUUUUCGCGGGGCGCAUCGCGGAGACCGACUUGGGCACCCGGGCGCCGAGCUCGUCGUGGAUCAAGAUGGCCGUGCCGGCGACCCCCACGCGGUGGCUCUCGGCGGUCAGCCCGUUCCAGCACCCCCGCCGCAGGAUGAGCGUUGGCCGGGGCCCCCGCGGCGUCAACUUCGCCGAUGGCUGCGAGCGGGGGCGCGACCGCCCGCCGCCGUUGGCACCGCGGGUUCUUGCGCAGGCGCGGGCUCAGCGCCGCCUCGACGACUCCAACUCGGAGGCGAUGGAGCCGGGGGCCGCGAGGCGCCCGCGCUUGCACUGGCUGUCUUGGGCGCUCCAGGAGCUGACGGUCAGGAAAGACAUUAUCGGGUCAUCGUUCAUCGGCAACUCUUUCUCGGCGCAGUUCGCGUCGUGUCCCUUUGCGCCGCUCUCGGCGCGGGCGCAAAGCAUGCCCCGCCCAGGCGUCGCGCCGCGCCUGCGCGCGGGCUCCGCCCCAGCAGCGCUGGCGCUGGGGCCAGCCUUCGGCGGCGCCGGCGUGGGCGACCCCGACCUCGUGCGCCUGAUUGCGCAACCGCGGGCUGCCAGUCGCCGCGGCGCAGACGUCGGGGCGGGUCCGCGGGCGCCCUUCCGAGCGCAGGCCCGGCCGCGUUCGAGGCCUCAGACCAGGUUGCGGACGCGGUCAAUUCGUCGCGGAUUCCCGUGGAAGGAGCAGGGUCGCAUCGACGAGCUCGAGGUGGGCGCCGCCGUGAAUGCAGUCAAGUGGAGACCGAGGUCUAUCAUCAGAUUCAGGAGCCGCUACCUCCGCCAGCUUGACUCGUCGGCGGCCGCGGGCGCCCUGGCCGCAGGGCGACCCGGCGCGGGGAGGCGAGUCGACAGGGGCGCGGCCGCCCACUUUGAGCUCGCGCGGCGCCCCCAGGGCUCGCCGCUGACGGUGAAAAACAUUCUCGCUGCAGCGCCCUACGUUGUCCCGCAGUUCUCAGGCAAGCUAAAGUUGAGUUGGGAUCUCCAGACGACACGGCAGAAGCUGGAGCCAAGCGUGCGCGCAAUGCCUCUCGCCCCGUUGCUGGCCGCAGCCUUUGCAGGGGAGUUCUGCUGGCGGGCCGCCCCCCCGCGUCGGCGCCCUGCUUCCGGAUGGAGAUUGAACCUGCGGCGCAGCAGCCUGCGGUAUUUUUUUGCGACGCGGGCUGUAGUGAUAGCGCUGUGCGUCGCAAAUCUGGCCAACGGAAUGGUCGAGGUUGUGGCGCUGGUGGGCGUCGCGGGCUCCCGGCUGGGCAUUCGCUCCCUCGACCCGCUCGCCGCCAUCGGCGUGGCGAUCAUGGUCUUCAACAUGGGCCUCGGCAUCAGCGUGGACGCCCUGGGCCAGCUCACGGACACCACCGACGAGAAGCUCGUGGGGCUGGUAAAGCAGGCGGCACGCCGAGUCGUGGGCCCCGCCAGGGUGCUGGGAGCCCGGGCUCGCGCCAUGGGCAGCUCCUGGCUCGCGGAGGUGGAGGUCGCGCCCGACCAGUUCGUCGCCUCGGCGACGGCGGUGGACCACCUCGCGGCGAAGGUGCGGGUCGCGGUGCUCGACGCCGUCCCCACGAUCGACGAGUGCACGGUGAACGUGCGCUCCAGCGUGGACAGGAGCCGGAUCCUGGCGUCCCUGGCGACCCCCCAGGACCUGGACGAGCGGGUGCGGGCGACGCUGGCGGAGAUGCCGGAGGUUGAGGUGGUCCGGACGAUGGCGCACUUUGUGAAUUUCGAGCCCUCGGUGGACGUCUGGGUCAAGAUGCGCCAAGGGCGCACCAUGGACGAGUGUCACAGCACCGCAACGCGUGCGAGGACGCUGCUCCUCGACAGCGUCAGGGACCUCUCUUCCGCGGAGUUCCACCUGGUGCUCUGAGCGUCGGGGGCGCACUGCUGGAAAGGACCCCCCUUUAGGAUUUUUGGAGCAGGCCCGCCGGCGGAGACGGCCGUGCGCCAGGCUGGUGUCACCCUGGCCCCCGCUCCUUGGCCCUCAUCGACGGGCGUUUUUGUUCGCUCGGGCCUGCCUCCGCAGCGAGAAGGGGCGGGCUACGCUGAGGGUGGAGCUCGAUCCGGUUCGGUCGGUGUACAGGCAGCUGCCCAUGCAGUGCGGAGCAGGGGGCUCCGCGCCAGCGCAGCAGGUCGGCUGCCUGCCCCCAGACAGAUGGGGGGCGUGCGGACAUCAUGCGGGGUAGAGCUUGUUCUGGUGCCGCGCCCGGGCAGCUCUUAGCGCAGCCAGACUCGUGACCUGCCUGAGUUGUGAAAGGUCAUGCCGCAGUGCGUCUGUUCCUCCGGCGGUGAGUUGUGCAGCGCAGGCC